CCAAGUAACUAAGUUACUUAAUAGUUAAACAAAUGAUGCGAUUUAGUAUUAAAAUCAUGGGUUGUUUAGGUUAACUAUUUGCUAUUUUACAUAGGGAGAUCGGUCUCAUCUACUUAAUUAAUUUUUUUUAUAAUUUUGUUGUCCUUUUCAUACACAAUUUAAGUUUAAUAUCUUGAGCACUUACUUAUUGCAUGGUAGUUUAGGUGACAUUGAUUGUUUUUCCUUAUGCAAAUGGUUAACUUGCAUCUCUGAGCAUGAGUGCAAGGGCUGGUAUGUGGUAGGUUGGAGCAAUGAGUUUCCUGAUAAACAUAAAGCCACUUAAGGGCACUGAAGUAGCUGGAGACGCUUCUCACGGUAUUUCUGCAUUGGCUGCAGACUUUCUCAGAACUCACAGAUCCACAAACAAGGCAUGGCCUAUCAGCCGGGAGUCCAGGUGGUGACAGUGUCCACCACCUCAACCCAAAAUGCUGGGACAUGGAGCACUGGCCUCUUUGAUUGCUUCAGUGAUAUGGGCACCUGCUGCUGCGGUUUUUGGUGUUUCCCAUUCAUGCAGUGUCAGACAGCUGGUUUGCACGGCUGGUGCUGCUGCAUGCCAAUCAUGGACUUCUGCUGUAUGAUGACCUGCACGCUCCGCGGCUCCAUUAGAGAGCGCCACAACAUCCACGGCACGUUCUGUGAUGACUGCUGUUCAACGAUUUGGUGUUACCAGUGUGUCUGGUGCCAGAUGAAUCGUGAGCUGAAGAUCAGGCGCAAGAGGCCAGCCACUUCCCCAGUGGUCACCACACAGGUCGUCAGUGCACAAGGUGGAUCUGUUGUGGUCGUGAGUUGAGGGAGUAUAACAUGUUUGCAAUAACGUUUGUCAUAAUGACUGCUUGCUAUUUUAUCUUAAUGUUCUGUGGAAGACAAAUGUAGCUUCCAACUCGCUCUAUAUACUUUGCACUGUUUAUAAUCCCAAGAUGUAGCUGUUCUAUAGAAGUCUUUAUGUUCAAAGGUUUAAAUUUAGUGUUGAAGCUGGAUGUUUUCUGUUUGAAUGUUAGGAUACUUUGUAAUAUCAUGUUUGCUUCAUUCUUGCCAAUAACAUAGUGCUGUUUGGGAUACUUAGCUCCCUCCUGUAGCAGUCUGAUUAAUGAACUUAAAAUAAAAGUUUGUUUGUAACUCUU